ACGGAGAUCGCCUUUCCAUUAGAUCCCCGUUAGAAAGCGCUGUCUGCAAUCCCGAGGAAGGUUGCGAAACACUGGUGAGCUGCAGAGCCGGAGAGGUCAUCCGUCCACCAUGGUUUCUGAUAGUGAGUAAAGCCUCUUCCGAUAUUAUUAGGAACGACUAUUAUUUUAUCCACUCAGGGAUGUGUGGUUUCACAUAACGGUGUUUUGACAAUGCACGGAUUUGCGCACGGAAAAUAAACCGCCUUUCGACCCGUUUGUAGUUCAGAAACUGACACUCGUACUGAGUGUGCUCUCCUUCAAAGUGCAAGAGUAAUCUUUUCGUUCAUCAGAAAUAUGCAGAACCAUUCUCACCUACAACAAGCCGAUUCGUUUUCAAGAGGCAUGAUUCGGAUGUUUAACACCCAUUGUUAAAGGGAUUGCAUGCUUUCGGACAUUUUUUUUCUACAAAAAAUACUUUUCUAAAUUCUGUAUGUGAGGAGACGGUUAUUUUAUAUGCCAUUGUGAGUAUGAAGCAUAAAGGAAAAACCUAACGUUUUAAAUUAGCAAUGCCCAAGAGGGUAAUUGGGGUGGUAGUGUUCAGGCACGUUUUGCAGUAAGAUUUAAAGUGCUGUUCCUGACUGGGUUUGUUGGAUACCCUUCCUGAAUAUCCCUGUUGCCAUGGUGCAGCCUGGGGGGGCACACUUUCCAGCUGUCCCGGCAGCUGGAUCUGGGUCGGAGGAUGUUUUAUGUAUAUAUAUCAUUAGCUAAUUUCAUUACUGCUUUACUGCGUUCACUGCACCUGAAUUUGAGGCCCGAAUAAUCUAAGUAAAAUUGAUGCGAUCGUGCGUGUCUGAAAGGGUAUGCUCGCCUACCGGGUCGCUACUGAGUCAAGAGUGAGUGCAGGUUCAGUCAUCAGGUAUCCUAAUCUAAUGAGAGGCUUCUGCCAGUAGGGGCCCUCGGAGAGCAACCCUGUAACGGGUACAAAUUAAUCGAUGUACCUGUGUCUGCGUGUCUACAUCAAGCCCACUGUCUCGGGAAGGGCCAGGGCUGAAGGGACGGGUGUCGUGGCGGUCUGUUUGGAAUAACUUUAUCCCAGGCAUGGGAAUUAUGCCUGCCGGGCCUGAUACCUGAUUUUACUUUGAGGUUUGUAGGUUUAGAAAGUUGUUCUGUUGAAGAGUUUUCCUUCUUGUCUUCCAUGUGAGGCUACCGAAGACAGUAAAGGGUUGUGAUUUCAGACAUUCACGGAGAUUCAAUGAUGCAGGAGAGAGUUUGGAGACUGGGGGGUCGGCACUUAAUUAAAAUUCCAAGGUCUUUUUAUUGGGGCGAAGAAUGAAGCCGAGUUAAAUGCCCCCCCCAGUUUGUACACCUCUGCAUAGAACUGAUUUCCAGAUUUCAUCCUAAAAAGGUAGAUUGUUAUUUUAGACGUAGAAGUUAGGUUGUUAGGUGCCCGGGCCUGUCAGUCUGUAAGCAUUUUUGUGAGAUUCUGUCAUAGUCUCUUUGGUCUCUCUGACAGCUGGAGCUGAUUCGGUGGUAAUACUGGGCUGUUGGUGGACUCUGACAGCAUCCUUUCUUCUUAAAGGUGGAAUUAGCGAAUUAGCGCAUUAAUGGACUCCUCUCCUAUAGAGAGCCAAGUACACAGGAAAACCUUCUCAUAGCAAGGGAUUUAGCUCAGUCUUACACAGCUAUACACUGUGGUUUAACUCGGACUUCUUAAAGCAUGGCUUGUCAAAUGCUCCCUUCCUGUAACAGUCUCUCUGACCCUGUACCGCAUUUAGACGGCCCUUCGUUUGCCUGGGAUUGCUUACCCCUUAUUUAAAGUAUGUUUGUGCCAGGAUUGAAUCAUUCCCCGCAGUCACCUACACACAGAUUCCAGUUACCAGUGACUUCAUACCAGUGUGAGAAGCCUUGGGAAACUGAACUGGCUUCUGAGCAGAAAAAUAUCCAGCGUCAAAUUAUUGCCGUCAUUUGUUACAACUUUUUUGCAUGAGCUUAGGACGUCUUUUCGGGUUUUCAACCUCGUUUCAUUAUCUUGAAGGGAUUUUCUGCUUAACUGAGGAGACGUGGAUGAAUGAGAGUGAAGUAGAAAUUUCGUCAGGACUGCUGGGAGCGUGAUUUGUGAUUUAGCAACGUGCACUUCCUGUUCACACAGAUUACUCGGGCCCUUCCUCUUCAGAAACCACACGUCGACCCCACACUUGCUUCAGAUGCUGUUGAGUGGCACUGAGGAAAGCAGCGGUAACAUAUGAACCAGGAAGUCAAGGGCUUCAUAAUUAUCUGACUAGUAGUGUUAUAUGGGUAAGGGGUGUAACGGAAUAAAAAUGUAACUAUGGAGGAGAUCCACCAGCGGAGUGCAUGUAGAAGUCCAGCCUGUGUGUGUGCGCAUGUGUGUAUUUGUGGGUGUGCAUUUGUGCUUAUAAAGGCACUCCUGGGUGUGCUAUUUACUCAGGUGUGGGUAAUGACAGGUCCAUUACCGCAGACACCGUGUUGAGUCUUUCGAGGUGGGGACACAUGCAGCAUGAAGGGCAGUUUCCGAGAGUGAGACGUCACAUUCCUAAUUAUUGAUUUCACGUGACGGAGCCCAGAACUGUGGGAGCGCUUGUGUCGGUCAGACCUCGGCUGUUAUCUCAGCCUCUCUGUGGUUGUUUUGUCUGUAGGGGGACCAGGAAGGGAGGUGGGCUCUGUAGAGGCAGGAAGCCUGUAGAUUGGGUGGAGGGCGGCCGUGAUCCUGCCAGCGGAGGAGGUAAGCAAAACAUCGGGGAGGCGAGGGCAUUAUUCAGUUCCCAGUUCUUGAGGGGACCUCCGUCCAUCUAGAGCAGAGGACCAGAAAGACCAGAGGAGAGCAGCCCCACAGAGCGCCCAGCCCCGGGGGAUCGAGGGUGACUUCGUGCUUCCCAGCAAAGACCCAACAUUCCAGUUCUGUCGUGAGGAGGGGUCCGGCUCGGUCCGGACCUCAUGGAAGGUGGUGACCUGAAGGUGAGUGUGAGGCUCCCCCGCCCCUUGGCACCAUGCCGUCGCUCUCUGCCAGUGUCUGACCACACCCGCUCUGCACACAGCAGAACAAACACAGAAAUCCUGCCUUUCCCCUCCCAGUUCUCACUCACCCUGCGCUUGUUACCUGACGUUGUAUCCUGGAAUCUACCAUCAACGCCACGAGACUGCUGGUCAUGUGACUGCAGUGGACGGUGCUGCCGGACCAGUAUGUCGGACGUGAUUAUUCGUGUACGCCUGCGUGAGGGAGCUGCUUCAACAGUCAGGUGUGGACGGGUGGUGUGACCUCCGGCCCAGAACUCACCCCGACGAGGGACUGUGUCUCUGUCAGGCAUCCGACUCCUACCUGGUCACCCCCAAGGCCGUUGGCUUCCUGUCAGCGGCGGGCGUCUUGCUGGUGCUGCUGGCCCUGGUCUUCCUCUUCGUCACCAGCAAGCUCUUCUUCUCCCACGUGCGUGGCCUGUCCCGCCAAGAGCUCUACAGCAGGGGGUGGGGCUCCCAAAAGACAGGCAGCAUCCGCCAGGCCCUGGCCGGGGGCCUGGCGCUCGUGUCCUGCUGAGUCCUCCUCAGCUUCUGCUCUCCACCACACGCCACCAUGUCAGCCCCUAGGGAGGGAGAGGGAGGCAGCACCGGUACUGCGCUGGCCGCAUGGUUCUCGCAAGUCUCCCAGGCCAUUUCCUCUGCCUUCCUCAGCCUGGGCCCAGGGGGCAGUAACCCAGGAGGGCCUGACCCUGGGUGCCAGGCUGGCGGCGGGCAGGACGCGGUCGUGGAGGAAACCACCAUGGACGAGAGGAAUACGCAGGAAGCCAUCCGCAUGCGACUCGUCCAGCUGGGUCUCACCGAGGAGCAGAUAGCUGACCGGCUCUCCACCAUCCCGGAGGAGAUGGAGGAUGUGGAGAGCCAGCUCCUGUGCCCAGAGGAGGGCCUGUCGUGCGCACACUCCUCCGUGCACAGCUAUGGAGCGGAUGAGGAUUGUUCCACAUCUUCGGACAGCGAUGAUGAGAUGGCGAGGCGGUUUGGGGUCACCCGGGCAAGUUCGUGGGGGGCCCAGAGCGGAGCGAGGAGUGCAGCUGGGCGGAGCCAUAACCAGGAGGAGGGUAGUUCAGAGCCCUCAGACCAUGAAGAUGACAACAGACUCAGCAGGCUGAGUUUCCAGGAUUCCUUGACUAACACGGAGCAUGACGAGGCCUCCUUGGGCUCCCAGGAUACCACAGGGGGCCUCGAGCCAAGACCACGUGAUGCCUCUGCAGAUCCUGAGUGUCGUCUGGUCCCUGGGUUCGACACACAGGCCGCUGACGGCAGCUCGGAUGUGGAGACGCCGCUGGACAACCAGGACUGUGAUGACAAUAAUGAUGCCACAGACAGCUCCACCUGGAGCCCUGAGGAGCAGACGGGGGGGGAGGGGCCGGCCAGGACCCCGCCUCCCAGCAGCCACCAGCCCAUCUCCAAGUGUGGCGACCUCAUCGUUAUCCUGGAGUACAAGGCAUCGCUGCGGAGGCUGCUGGUCACCGUGGUGACGGCGAGGGACAUCCCAGACAAGGAACGUAGCGGCGUUGACUCCUGGCAGGUGCAUGCCGUACUGCUGCCGGCUAAGAAACAGCGGCACAAAACAGGCGUGCAGCGGGGACCGACGCCCCUCUUCGGGGAGACCUUCCGCUUCUCGCAGCUGGAGCUGGCCGAGCUGCGCAGCUGCGCCCUGCGCUUCCGCCUCUACGCGGCGGGCCGGAUGAUGCGCGAACGCAUGAUGGGCGAGACACUGUUCUACUUGAAGGAUCUGACCCCGGAGGCCGAGAUGGAGGCCAACUUAAUACUGGCACCCCGGAGCAACAUGAAGGGUGCCGACUCCCAGCUCAGCCUCUCGGCCGUCUCCCAGAGCGACGGUACCUCGUCCACGCAGUCCCUGUCUCACGGCGGCGUCCCCGAGCUGCUGAUCGGCCUGGCUUACAGUGCCACCACCGGCCGCCUGUCCGUGGAGCUGGUCAAGGGCAGUCACUUCCGCAACCUGGCCGUCAACCGGCCUCCUGACACCUACGGCAAGUUGACCCUGCUGGACUCGGCGGGCCAGGAGAUGUCCCGCUGUAAGACCUCCCUUCGCCGGGGGCAGCCGCACCCCGUGUACAAGGAGACCUUCAUCUUCCAGGUGGCGCUCUUCCAGCUGUCCGACGUCACGCUGCUGGUGUCCAUCUACAGCCAACGCAGCAUGAAGCGCAAGGAGAUGGUGGGCUGGGUGUCCCUCGGCCUCAGCUCCAGCGGUGAGGAGGAGCGGCUGCACUGGCAGGACAUGCGUGAGUCGCAGGGCGAGCAGGUCUGCCGCUGGCACGUCCUGCUGGAGUCCUAGGGCUCCCCCUACAGGCUCCCCUUCACACAUUGGAGUGACGGGGCCCCUUCAUGUGAGAAGCAGAUGAACUCUGUACACUCACAUCGCGGCGACUUGGCAACGGAGGUGCUUCCCCCCACCUGCCCAUUUGGACGAGGUCCUGCUGACCUUCCCCCACAUCCGUGCUCCAUUCUGGGGGGGGCAUUCAGCUCCCAUCUGCUCCACGCUUAAAGGAAACCGUUCAUUCAUAGCCACAAGAAGACCAUUCAGCUGCAGCCCUAGUACAUGAUGUCGAGCUAUUUGUAUCCAAGCUGGUGUUUGCACUUAAGCUUCUCAGGUCACCCUGACGACCUUUACCCCUUACCUUUGACCUCUUUGUUUCCUGUUUAUGGACAGUGGAAGAUGUAGUUCUCUGUAUACACAGUAUCAUGUAUUUAAUGGAUACGUGUAUCAUUUAGCAUUUCACUCUUGUUUUUACCCUCUGCUACUGAGGCCAUGCUUACGGAUGCUGACAUUGAGGCUCAGUCACAAAUCUCAGCCGCGAUGGACCAAGCCUCUCAUUACUGGGAGAUCCAUCAACAGUGGUUGUUCCUCUUGACUUCCACUUCAUGUGACGUAGAGCCUGAUGCUGGAAUGAGCGUAAGUGGUUUUAGAGUUUGAUUAGUUUUUUUUUUUUUCUGGGUGAUUCUUUGGCAGAUACUGACUGGCCUAAGUGUCCCUGCUGGGAAAAUGGGCUGUUUACUGUGAGACAUGAGACAUUACCACCCUGGUGUAAUAUCAGUCUUGGUUAGGUCACAAAGGGCUCUUUAUUAGAAUCCCCUGUGUUCGCAGACUUCAGUCACACAGAGAAUGGUGAUGUCUGUAAUAAUUAAAUAAUACCACCCGUCUAUGCUGCCGUACUACAUCUUUCAAGACUCAAGAAUCAUGUGUGCAUGCCUCUCAUCACCCUAGAUAUUUCUAUUUUUGAACCUGAAAUUUUAACAUUUAAAGAUUUUCUAUAGCACGUCUAUUUUCAGGCUUCAAGGUGGCAAAUGAUAAAUGCCUUUGAAUGAGUAAAUGUGUAAUGAGAUUGACUUUUAUCCACUGAUGCCAGCAUGUACUGUGAAUCACAGUUUUUCUUCAUGUAAGAAUGCAAGUGUGUGUGUGUGUGUGUGUGAGUGAAACUUCAGUGCCUGUACUGUGCAUGUGAAUCAGCAAGGCUGGCUGUGUUUUGUAAGUACUGUCAUUCUUUCAAUAAACAGUU